UGGUGGGAGGGGCCCCCCCAGCCCUGGCUCUGGCCACCACCCCAGCCCAUUGUGACCUCCCUGGCUGUGCCCAGGCCUUUGUGACAGGCACUCUUGAGGCAGACCUGUGAGCCAUGACACCUAGAGGGCCCUCAAUAAGAGGGUGGCAGGUCGGGCCAGGCUAGAGCCUGGACCUGGGGUUAGGAAGGGGUUAUAGGGAGGAAUGGAGGGGCCCAAAACCCUGGGCCCCUGUGGCCACUCCCACCCCCAGUGCCCCCAGCCUUCAGCUUCGAGCAGCCACGGAGGAUGCCUGGAUCCACCCUGCCAGGGCUUUGUAAGGUGGCCCUACCUGGUGCCUCUCAGCUCCACUCACUCCAUAGAGUCUGCCAGGCCUUUCCAACCUCCGGGGGCAGGGGGCGGGGGGCCCAGGGUCGGGGGUGAGGUACCUGGGAACUACAUUGCAAGUGAAGAGGGCGAGAUGCAGCGACAGAGACCGAGAGACCCAGCGGGGGCGAGACAAGGACAAGUGGAGGCAAGGCUGGGGUGGGGCUGGCCCCUGCACUCAGGACGAGAGCAAGGGGCACCCAGGCAGGGGGGAUCCCCCAGCUCAGGGCCCAGACCCUGCCCAUGCCCACCCCUGCCGACGGGGUCAGGAACCCCAGCCUUGCCCCGGGCAGCCCCCUCCCCGCUCCAGAGUGUGCCCCUGGACCCUGCAGAGCAGUCCUUCCUCCAGCUGGAGCAGGAAAACCAGAAUCUGAAAAGACAGAAUCAGGAUCUGCGGGAGCAGCUGGGGGCCCUCCUGGGGCCAGGGCAGCAGUUCCUGCCCCUGUGCACGGAGCACUCGAGCUGUACGGCCCUGGCCUGGCCCCCCGAGCAGGCCAAUACCCGGCCCCUGGAGGACAGGGCGCCCUUGCAGCUGCUGCGGCGGGAGCUGUGCCGGGGGGAGGAAUCCUUUGUGCAGCAGUCUCAGGUGGGUCCCCGGGAGCCAGACCGGGGUGGGGGGGAGGAGGGCGGUUCUCCAUGCAGCAGUCCUCGAUGGCCAGAGGAGGAAGGAGCUGACAUCGUUGGCCCUGCCUGCGCCCACACUGUGCCCCUCCCCAGAAUGAGCUACAGCAGAUCCGACUGUCCUUUGAGAGGAAGAAGAUGGCCAUUACCGAGGUGCCCGGCUGGCUGGGGUGGGAGGGCCGCUGGGGGACCCACCUGGUGGGACACAUCCGUGGGUCCUGCUCCUUGGAGCGUGACCCAGCCUCUCCUCUCCCUCCAGGUGUGGGACGGAGUGGCCGAGGUACACAUGGCCCUGAACAACCAGGCUACUGGGCUCCUGGGACCGCGCCCAGUGCCGCACCCAGGCCAGGAAGGAGCAGCAGAUGGCAUGCAUAGCAAAGGCAAGGCCGCAGCUGGGAUGUUCCGAGGGCCUCAAAGGCCAGCUCUGGAUCCCUGUCCAGUCCAGCCUCCUGGCACUGCCCCAAGGCUCGGAGGACAGGGGGACCAUGUUGGUGGACAGAGCUGUGGAGGGAUGACGCCGACCCACAGGAACCUUGUGCUCGUCAGCCAAAGACCCACCAGCCAGCCCCCACCUCCCAAGCUUCCAACUCAGCUUAAGUCAGUGGAAACACCCACGAAGAAUGCCCGUAUCUCUGGCCAACACCAGAGCCUGACCCACUCUGCUUCCCGCCCCCGGAGCCCCCGCAUUGCAGCAACAGCCCUAGCCUUGCUCAAGGAAAGGAUCGAAAUGACUCUUUUUCUUUUUUUAAUAAAAUUAUAGAUAUAUAGAUGUAGAUAUAAAAACAUAAAACAGACACAACGCAAGCGGACGCUGCCGUGUGCUUACUCUCGGGUCCCUGGCGCCAGGCAGAGCUCUGACCCCCUCCCCCAUGU